UUAUCGAUCGUUCGACACGUCACACAAUGGCGACGGACAUUCGAGUCCUCGCACAGUUCUACGACUAGAUAAUUGUUUACUGUGCUUUUUCAUGAGAUACGGCAUUUUUUCCUGUGCUCCUUGUGUACUCCGUGGCUGGUUCGUUUACUUCAACGAUAUUUUUUAUGUAUGACUGUCGGUCCGUGUAGUUUGUGAGGUGGGAAGUGUGUUUUAAGUGAGGAUAAUACGAGUGUGCACGUAAGUGUGUACAAGCCGUCUGAAGGGCUGGUAUCAUCAAAAGGACUUAUGUUUGCAAAAGAUGAACUUAUUUCUAAAAAAACAUGAUGGCGAUGACGAUAAGGAUGUUAAUGAUGUUCUGGAAGUUCUCGAGCAUGUCUAGUGAUGCCAGGACUUAGUUAAACUUUGCCUUAAGGACGAACUUUUUCCAAGAUUAGACCCCUAAUCUUAAAAGAGGACUGCGUCUAGUUACUUUUAUAUAAAUAAAGGGGCGACGCACCGUGAUUCUCGGACGGUACGAAAGAGAGGGAGUGUGAGUGGGAAUGAGAGCGAACGCGAGAAAGAGUGAGAGAGAAUGAGAGAACGAGACACGGAAUCGUGAGAGAAAACUCGUGAAAAUUCGUGAGAACGCUAAAAACUGUCAAUCCCGUUGUUAUCUAUAGGCCAAAUGUUUAAAACGUUAAAUGCAUUGUCGACUACUCGAAAAUGAACGCUCCCAUUAAGUCACGCAGGUGUUAGUUUGAAAAAUGGAAGAAGAACGUAAACCCUACAAACUAAACUGUAGAACGACAACAAAGCAGCAACCUAUACAAUCUGCGACCUUUUCGUUUCCUUUAAAAAUGCAGAUGGACAAUUUCUCUACUAAUCGGGCAAAGCAAUCGGUUGUUUGUUCGGAUGCUGUAAAUUCUUUUCUCCUUGUUCAUGCACCUUCUGGCUACAAAUCACGUCUGAAUAAUAACGACCGUGUUUCUUCGUUUACGCGCGAUUCUUUCCACCAUAUCAACUAUCUUACUAGGAGCUCUACGGCGGAUGUAGCGUCGUUUACUCCGAGUCUGCCAAUAAUGUGUAAACCAUUAAAGAGCCCUUCACUGUCGCGUAAUUGUCAUAUAAUAGGCGAUUUAAGGCCGCCACAGAACUACUGGUCUCAGACAGAAAAGCUUGCCUUGUCCAGAGAAGCAAAGCCUGGAUGACAGGAAGAAUUAGAAGAUUUUGACUGAUUCUCCGGUGGUGACUAGUGAAAAGCAAAGAAAGUUAAGGCCAUAAUGGACAGUAACACGGAUGGGGACAACCUUAAUUUAAGUUGCGGAGAAAAUGACAUGGGAGACGAGCUGAAGAUCGGUGCUGAUGAAACUUAUGAUACACGCAGCGAAGUCUCUUCUAGUAGCUCCGAUUCUGACUCCAGUCAACCAAGUAUCAGUUCGGUAUCUACGAAUUCAACACGAGGAGAUAACAAACGUGACCGACGCAGUAGGGGAAAACGAGCUAGAUCCAGAGAUUCCAAGUCCACAACACCAGAGGCGAAACGAGCCAGAUCCAAGGAGAAUAAAGGCAUCGCCAAGAAUUACGAUUACACUACAAAAUUGAAUUACUUAUUUAGGGACGCGAGAUUUUUCAUCAUCAAGUCCAACAAUGCGGAGAACGUAACCCUCUCGAAAGCUAAGGGAGUGUGGAGUACUUUGCCACAGAAUGAGGCUAACCUGAACCAGGCCUACAGAGAAUCAAGGAACGUCUUGCUCGUUUUUUCUGUUAAGGAAUCAGGAAAGUUUGCUGGAUUUGCUAGACUAAGCACUGAGUCUAGAAGAGAUGGAGCUCCUAUAUCGUGGGUGUUACCUCCAGGACUUUCUGCGAAAGCACUUGGUGGUGUUUUCAAAGUAGACUGGAUAUGUAGAAAAGAAUUACCUUUUACCUCAACGCUGCACCUCUACAAUCCUUGGAAUGAUGGCAAACAAGUGAAAAUUGGGCGUGAUGGUCAGGAGAUCGAACCUCGAGUUGCAGAGGAGUUGUGCAGACUGUUCCCUGAAGACGAAGGAAUAGAGAUGACACCAAUACUGAGAAAGUCUAAAGAAGCUGCGAAAAACGUAACAAAGUCAUCGCGGAACUAUCGAGAAAACCGGCCCACCACUAAUUCCAGAUUCCUAAGGUCCCGAGGAGGAGGUAGAGGACGUCGUCUAUUCCUUACUUCAAGAUCUCGAUUAGCUUCUCUGGCAAGAGGUGGACACUUGCCAUCCGGAGACCACCGAGGUUCCAGGGAUCAUCAUCAUCAUCAUCAUCAUCGUUAUCCUAGCUGGUUUAAUCGAGCAGACUCCCCAUACUCCAAAGCAUAUGGAAAUUCCGGAUUGGGUGUAGCAGCAGCGGCGGAGGCUUACGUUGCUGAUUACAUGAGAACCAUGCAGCACCAGCUACCUCCUUUGCCACCAUACGCCGCACCUCAUCCUUACGACACUUUACCACCUCCACCGCCACCUCCAAGAUACUACGACGGUCUGCCUCUACCACCGGAUUACAGUGCGGCCGCAUCCGCCCUGGACAAGCGUAGCUACGAACGAAGCGUUGAUGAGUUUCUAUGGAGAACCGCAAGCCGCCAUAGUCGUCACAAUGAUCAUCGAUCUUCUCGAGAUCAUCACAGAUACAGGGAUCGCAGAUAAAGGAUCCUUCGAAGGUUUUUUAUUUUCAAAUGAUUUUUCACUUAAUUCUUACUUUUAUGUAUGUCAGGCGCGGUUUCUGUUUCAUUAUCUUUAAUCGCCCUGGAACAAUUCAUCACAGCGUUACUCUAAGUUCGAUUAAAGCUUCACUGAUGUGCGAGACGAGCGAAUUUAAAAGGUGAUAGCGACAUUUUAUUCCGAGACAAUGAGGUCGAUGAUUUAUCUCGAAUUUACGAAUUAUGAUUAAGAAACUUAAGAGCGAAUUGAACCGCGGGAAAUGCGAGUUUAGAUAAAUAUGGCUGAACCUUAGGAAUCACACUACUUGGGAUGGGAGUUUCGCUAGGGUAUUUUCUACUAUUAAAUGCAUAAUGAUGGCACGCAUUUAUGACGACAAUUAAGAUUAAUCUCUGAACGAGCGAUCGUGAAAUGGCGAAUGCUCGAUUCGUAUUAAUUUGCAAUCAUUUAUCGAGCAGUCGAAUUAUUAUAAUUUUCGGUAUUGUAGAUAGAUACACGUCCUAAGAUAUACUUUUUUACUUCCCGGACGAUCCCAUAGAAUCUUGUACCGAUUGUAUAUUAGGAUUAAAUAAAUUGUAAUCAUGUUUUACGAUGGACUAUAUUGUCUCAGUGGAGAGCACUGCCAUUGUCGGAGCGAAAAUGCAGUUUUAUACUUUACUGUGUUACAAAUUACGCUCAACGAACGGCUACUACGAAAAGCGUAACAGUCGUCGAAUGUUCAGCGAACACUUUACGAUUGGUCAUGCUCAUCCCGGUUAAGAAUUCGUUAAAAAACGGUGAUAUUUUUCAUACCAGCUAGCAAUACGUCAAUAACGUAUUGUCAUUAGCUUGAGAGUCUAAAGAAAUGAUCUUUAGACAAUUAAAAUUACCUGACUGUGUACACGUGUGCAGCAUAUAGAUUCUUACUGUAUGUCCUUUACGUCAUUGAAUAGUAAAGAAAAGAGACACUGAA